AAAAAAGAUAAUGUCAAAUGGUGAUAUGUUGGUGUCCAAUCUGCUUCGUCAACGUGCUCAUGUUGAUCGGUUGCAAAUUGUGCCGUGCAACGAACAAAGACGUGUUGUGUUCCUGUAUAUCCGGUUUUUAUUUUGUUCUUAUGUCUUGUUUUCAGUGUUGCAAGGAUGUUAUCUACACAUUAUUGGGAUCCCUUUAUUUGUCAUGACCUCUGCAGGUGCUACACUGCACACGACAGAUCACCCAGUGAAGUAUGAAAUUGAUACCCAG